AAAUCCACUUCUUUUCACAUUUCCAAUUCAAUAACCACCAUGCCUGGCAUCACGAUCGGAGACUCUCUCCCAAACCUCCAAGUCGACACCACUCAUGGCAAAAUCAACCUCCAUGACUACGUCGGCGACUCCUUCACCAUCAUCUUCUCUCACCCAGGUGACUUCACUCCUGUUUGCACGACGGAGCUGGGAAUGAUGGCUGCAUACGCGGAUAAGUUUGCUGAAAGGGGAGUGAAGUUAUUGGGGUUAUCGUGUGAUGAUGUUGCGUCUCACAAGGAGUGGAUCAAAGAUAUCGAAGCUUAUAAUAAAGGGAAGAAGGUGACAUAUCCGAUCGCUGCUGAUCCAACCAGAGAUAUAAUCAAGCAGCUGAACAUGGUGGAUCCCGAUGAGAAAGAUGACGCUGGGCACAACCUCCCUUCUCGAGCCCUGCACAUCGUGGGUCCUGACAAGAAGAUUAAGUUGAGUUUCCUGUAUCCGUCGAGCACUGGGAGGAACAUGGAUGAGGUCGUGAGGGCGUUGGACUCGUUGCUGAAGGCUUCUAAGCAUAAGAUAGCAACGCCGGCGAACUGGAAGGAGGGGGAAGCGGUGGUGAUAGCUCCGAGUGUGUCUAACGAUGAAGCUAAAAAGCUGUUUCCUAAUGGUUUCAAGACUGCUGAUCUUCCAUCGAAGAAGGAAUAUUUGCGUUUUACUAAUGUUUGACUUGGGUAUAUCGAUGAUAAAUUUUGGUAUGUGCACGAUGGAAUGACCUUUAUAUAUGAAGGUAGAUUCGAAUAAUAGUAUUAUUUUGGCUUAUGUUUACAUAAA